UUUAUCAGAGCUCUGCACUUUAGAAGGGCUUUUUAAGCUCUUGACCAAGCUCUCCACCACAUCCUGACACCUCCCUCCUUGGGAGAGAACUGCUUCAGACUUCUCCAAGCCAGAGUUUUCUUCCUUUUUGCAAGAGCAGGAACACCAGAUACCUUGGAAUUCAGAGCACUAUCAAGGUGAAGGACACCUACACCAGCUGGAGUUGGUGCAACCAGACCCUUCCUUAUGGAUUGUAGGCACACUUCUACCAGUAAAUUGUCUGUUGGGAUUGAUUAAUGACUUAUGAAUGGCUGUAAGAAUCUGGUGAACGGUCUUUGGUUGAAGAAUCGUCAACAAAACCUGAGUACAAAUUACAAACUGCAGAAUUUUCCAGAUCAAGAAAAAAGGGAAAGAAACAGAUGUAAAUGACCUCUACUUGAGCAAAAUGUUUACAGUAUCUUGGGUGGACUCUAGGAUGCCAGUCCUGCUGGUCAGCCUUUUGUUGCUAAUCUUGCAAAUGCUGGUAAAAGAGGUUGUGUCCCACCUGAUGAUGGAUAUGGCUCUGCAUUCCUUUGAUGACCAGUAUCUGGGGUGCAGAGAGCAGGUGAUGAAAGAACUGGAGAGAGGGCACUAUUUCCAAAAGGAAAUAGCUGCUAACAAGGAUUAUUUGAGUCUCUGGAAGAAGGCUCAGGAGGCUCUGUUAAAGAGGCCUGUAGGUCUUCUGAGGGAGAUGCAUGAAAGCCAUGCCAUAGUCCUCAUGGCUUACACCAUGAAUUCUUCCCUGCACUCUCAGCUGAACCAGGCCACAUCUACAGCAGGAAGGUCUCUAGAACACUACAGACACAAUUUCAGUUUCAAAUAUUUUCACUUUUACCUAACGACUGCUAUCCAGAUAAUGAAACAAUGGCAGAGUAGCAAGGAGAGCAUGGGGAAACGUAAGUGUUACCGGGUGCAUAGGGGUGUAAAAGACUUGUCUAUUGAGGCCAUGGUAGGCAGCAGGGUGCGAUUUGGACGUUUCACCUCCACCUCCCGCCUCUGGAAUGAAGCCCAGAAGUUUGGGAAUAAAACUUUGUUCACAGUGACCACUUGCCUGGGAGCAGCUGUGCAAGGCUUUUCUUACUACACAUCUGAGAAGGAAGUCCUCAUUCCCCCUUACGAGAUAUUCCUUGUCAAAAGCUUCUUUCAGACACAGCAUGGUAACCGGUUGCAUCUACAUUCUGUGGGGAACUACAGCAAGUACCACUGCCAGCUCGUGGAAGAAGGCAGGAAAGGUAUCCUUUGGAGAAGCACACACUGGGAGUUUCCUGGCUAUAGACAUCAUUCUGUGCAGGAAGACCUCACUGGGCCUGUUCCACAUCCCAGUCCUUCUCUUCAAGAAGUAAGAACAGUGGUUCCACUGCCUUCACCUCUGCCGUUCUUAGUGUAGUUGGAGUUUUCAUGUGCUUGGCCCGCGAUGACUGAUUCUUUGGCUGCAUCCAGAUAUAAACACUUGAACAAGAAGAAUUCAGAGGAAAUCAGCAUCUGGAGUUCCUGUUGUUACGGAAGGUUCAACAUUCCCUUUGCUUUCAGCUGCAGCUCUCCAGCUAAGACUGGAACAUUCAGCCUAGUUCAUCAAACUAGACAUUCACUGGGCCCAUUCAGGUAGGAGAGCAGCUAUCUCUGGCCUUUCUGAAGAAUAGGGCAGUGACACCCUUCACUGUAGGUAGAUCUUCCCUUAGGCAUUCAGAAAAGACACACAUGGACUUUGGAUUCUUUACAGAUAUCUUAGUACCUGUAUUUUUCGUGAAAGAGUCUAUCUGUGGGAUACAAAAGGCACCAUAGUGCUAGAGUUGAGUGGGUUACUGUGCAGCUUUGCAUAUCUCCUCUGAGAGUGAGGUCCCAGGGAACAGGGGAUCAAAGUCUGAGGCUGCUACGUAGCAGUCUUUCCCCACUACAUGACCCCAUGCACCAAAGGCAUAACUCUCAUCUCAAGCUGACAGUCAGCAUCUCACUCAUGGGGGACAGAAGCAUAAAGUUGCCUUGAGACAUGAACUUAGGAGCAGAGGAUCAUGACACUUUUCAGGCCUGUUUUCAGCUUUCAUGUUCCACUUUGACAUUUCUUCUGAAAAACUUGGACAGUGCUGGUCAUUUCACGCUGAAAUAAAAGACAGCCUGUGGAGCCCACUGCUGUCUUCAUGGAUGUUGGAUGUGACUGAAAUUCACUUACCUGUCUUUCUACUUCCCUGGUCUGCAACAUCUAAUGCUGGAGAUUGAAUCAACAUCACAAAUUGGAAUUGGAAUUUCCGAUUUAGCUAUAGACUCCUCUUACUUUUAUGUGUUCACUUAGCACUUCUGGAGCCUUAGACACCCAAGGCAGCUAUGAAGUUCUCUCAUCUCCAAAAAAGAACAGUGUGGAAAUGAUAAGAGACUUUUUCUGCCUGCAGUUCCCCUUUCCAACAUGCCUUGUCUGCUUCUUCACCCCUGGUCCCUCACCCACACUGAUGCUAACCCUGGGACAAGGCUAAGGUCAGAGAGGUUAUCUCACUGGCCCAAGGAGACUAGUCAUGGUGAUUUAACUUUCAGUGGAGUCAUCAAAUAAUUGAACUGAAAUUCACAGACACAUUUUGCAGAUGAACCCAGCUUUCAGUCAUUGCUGAUCUUGGCAGGAAGCUGGAGUUCUGUAUUCACCACUCCCUGUCUGAAACAGUAAGCAACAAGUUAGCUAUCUGUCCUGGGAUCUAAACAUAAGAGGACUGCACAAGUUGCUGAUCAGCAGGUUAGUCAAAAGGACAGCCAAAAGCACCUGUGUGAACUGCUUGACCCUCAGAGCAGCUCCUUGUAAGUUUGGUGCUGCCAUUCCCUUAGAAAUCCUAUGGCAAGGAAUGCAGAAAUUGGGCACAUGAGAAAUAUUAGCAUUAGAAAUGUAGGCACUAAAGGAAUCUGGAUGUCUUCAGGUUUUAAACAGAUUAAAUGAAGGAGUUUGAGACUCAGCAUCUUGUGUAUCAGAUUUAGGUGUCUAUAAUGACAAAGGCCACCAGCUAAUCAUCUAAAACCUAGUAACAUGUUCUGUGAAACUGAACUACUGUCCCUGAAAUCCUGAGAUAUGCUUGCCCAGGCAGCUAAAACAGAUUUAAUACCAAAUUAUUUUACUAUUAGCUUAUUU